CAUUCUGAUUAGACUGCGAAACAGUUGUAGUUGUAGUAACUGUUGUUGUGGAAUUAGUUGUUGCUGCUUCGGGAGUCGUAUACUUAACAACCGGUGGAUCAGUCGAAUUUGCACAAUUCUUUGUAGCCAUUUGUUCCUGGUAAGUUGCACCAGCAUAAGUCAACUCAAAAAGAGCAUUUUGCACGUCAUUCAUCGUCUUUGUUUGAAUUGUAAUCAAGGUUUUCAUCGUUUUUGCCAAAUUCAAGUAAAUUUCUUUCAUAAAAGGAUCAGCAUUAGCUGAAAGUGUCAGAAAAGUAUUCAUUGAAUCAGUUGCUGCACUGAUACUUGAUGCUGAUGAACUCAUCACAUUACGAGCUGUUGAUGAUAGAUUGUUUGCCUUUUGGUAUGAGUUCUGAACUUCAGUGCAAAAUGUUGGAGUUGUUGUAUCCACAGUUGCAUCCAAUGGCAUUAUUGGUUGAAUUUGCCGCUUAUGACGAACUAAUGCAGCUUCAGGAGCUGACGUGUCAACUAAAAAUUCAAGCAACUUUUUCACAUCGUCAGCUUCUCUUAUAUCGUUAUCUUCGAGUGUUUUGACAAGUGUUUCGACUUGCUGAAUACUUUUUUCGAUCACAUCGUUGACAGCUUUUUGGUCUGUCUGGAGAAUUGAUUCGAUUGCAUUAAGGUCAUAAGAACCUCGGUUUCUUACAGCGGAAUACUUUGAACUUUGAUAUUGGUUGCCGUUUGCUAGAACAGAAAUUUGAAGAUUAUAAAGGUUUAAUUUCUAAAAUUCAUAAAUUUUAGGUGCAGUGAACAUAAAUAAGUCAAAUUUAGCCUCAUUGUAAAUUCAGUUUUGACUUAAAAAUGUGGUUUUGAACCUUUUUUCUGUACUAUAGCUCAAUAGGUAUUAAAAUUUGCAAAAUCAUGUAAAUAAGGUUAAAAUAGAACUAGAACUAGAGGUCAGGUAGGUCUUUUUGGAUCACAGAGCACAAAUAAACAGAAAAUUUACACCAAACUUACCAAAAAUAAGCAACAAAGAUACAAAAAUGAAGAAAACUUCCAUCUUUCUUCUUCUCAAUUGGCUAUAUUAUUCAAAACUGUCUGAAUAUAUUUUUAUAAAAGAAAUUUGUCAUCGCAAUACUUUCCUUCUUUGUCGGUAAUUUUAAUGACAUUCAUUGUCAUUUUUAUUUAAGCAGCUGUUAACGGAUUGUAUCUAAAUAUGUGUUUUAAAUAGCUAAUAAGCUAUGCCAUAUUAAAAACAAUGUGAUAUUAAAGAAUAGAGAGGGGAGGUUUGGGGUCACUAAUGAGAAUAAAGUUUCUGUUCUGUAGAAUGACAACUGACCGAAACUAGACAGUGUUUCAUGUGGUAAAAGGUCAACAAAUUUGCGUGACUUCCCUCAAAACCAUUAAAACAUGAAGAUUUUUUUUAAAAAAUUUUAAAACUUUAUAGCCUCUAAAUCUGCAGUUGUACAAUCUGGUUGAAUAUUAAGUUUACAACAACAAUUUGUGAUAUCACCCGAUAAUUCAUAACAUCCAUAAAAAUCAUAUCCAGCCAAGCAGAAGCCAAGAGAUGGAAUAUAAGGAUCUGUAAAGUAACAAUUGCUAGAUUUCGAUACACAAGGUGGACACUGAAUAUUUGAAGGUCCUCUGGUUAUUACUGAUGGCUCAAGAGUUGUUGGAAUCAUCGGCGCACAGCAGCAGCUUGUUAGCUCGCUCGAACUAUAACAAGCCUUCCAUGUCUGAUCAGCAGAACAUGUUCCAAGAAUUGCAAUUGGUGGCCAUAAAAUGAAACAGUUUAUUGAUUUUAAAUCGCAUGGUGGACAUGGUGAUGAGUGAGUUUUACCUAGAAAAUAUUUGGAAAUUUUAAAAUGAGUUAAAUAAUUAAUGAUUAAACUUACCAAAAAAGACAGCGAGAAAAGCAAAAAGUAGAAAUAAAUUUAUUUUUUAUAAUGAAAAUUUGAAUUGACAGAAAAAAGACUUAGUUUAAAAUUAUUGGGAAUAAAACACAUUUUAUAAUAGCAAAAGCAUCUGUUUAGAAAAUGAAGGUUGUUUUUUAGUAAUGUCGUGAUGUUGGAGCUGGUUUCUUAGGCUCUAUCUUCUAGAUUUAUUAAGCAUGUGGCUUACAGCAGCAGCAUCAAACGACAGUAUCCAUAGUUUAAAUGAUUUUUCCACAAUUGCAGCUACGAGCCAGUCAAAUAACAAUUUAUUUUAGCUUCUGCACAGUCAGGCCCCAUUUUCUUUGAAAGCUGCCUAAUAGUAAGGAAAUGAAAUUUACAGCAAUGUCCCUCUCAAGUCUACAAAUAACUGAAAUUAUAAUGAACAAUUGAUGCUGUAAAAGAUGUCAAAAAACUCUUAUCAAUCAUAAACUUUUUCGUUCACAUGCUCAUUGCAGUUACAUUGUAGUUCCUGUUAAUGCAUAAUAAAAAUGCACAUCCGCCAAAAUAUUUUCACACAUGAAUUUUUUGUGGCCUGCCUUCACCAUCAUAUGAUUAAUUCCAAAAAUAUCAGCAAAUUUCAGACUAUAAAAGCACCACAUUCGAUGCUGUAUUUUCACCAGUUGCACUUCCAAGUUUUGCAUCUCUAAACCUCAAAUAAAGUCAUGGCUGAUAAGAAGAAUCUUCUCUUGUUGUUUGAUAGACCUGGUGAGCCAGUUUUCACACCAAAAGGCAAGGACAAUGUUGUCUUUCAAGUUCCUGACAAGUUCUUGGAGGAAAAGUAUCAAAAUAUUGGAAGCGACAUACAAAGUCGAUUUGGUGACGAGGCUGAUGUGACAAUUCAGGUAAGAGACACAGCAUUACCAAAUAUCACCGUUCCAGCUCAAUUGGAUAAGUCGGAUAACUUCUCGUUGUUCAUACCGAGACAUAAGAAGCUCGCUGCAGCACUGAUUGAUGUUUUUAUGAAGGCCAAAGACAUAGAUCAACUUCAAAGCUAUGCCGUCUAUGCACGUGACCGAGUUAAUUCUCAACUUUUCAAUUAUGCAUUGUCUGUUGUACUCCUUCAUCGACCUGACACAAAGGACUUGGACCUGCCAAUCUUCAUUGAAAGCUUCCCAAGCAAGUUUAUUGACUCAAGGAGUUUUGGAAUGGCUCGUCAGGAAGCGAAUGUGGUUAAGCAAGGAAAUCGACGACCUAUUACUGUUCCUAGGGAUUAUACUGCUUCUGAUUUAGAACCUGAGCAUAGGCUGUGGUACUUCCGUGAGGACUUAGGGAUCAACGUGCAUCAUUGGCAUUGGCAUUUGGUAUAUCCAGCUGAGUCAAGUGACAUCAACAUUGUCCGUAAGGAUAGACGUGGUGAAUUGUUUUACUACAUGCAUCAGCAGAUCAUGGGUCGCUACAACAUCGAACGUUUCUGCAACAACUUGCCAAAAACUGUCGCUCUUACCAGCUUACGUGAACCGAUUCCUGAAGGAUACUUCCCAAAAUUAGAUUCACUUGUCGCUUCUCGUCCAUGGCCUGCUCGUCCGUCAAACUCCACUUUAAUGCCAAUUAAACGAACGUUGGACCAAAUUGACUUGGAAAUUUCAACUAUGGAAAGAUGGCGUCAAAGAUUCCUAGAAGCUGUUAAUGAAAAUGCAUAUACUGAUUUACAAGGAAGAAAAGUAGCGCUGGAUGAGACAACAGGAAUUGAUAUUUUGGGAAAUAUUUUGGAAGCAUCACAGCAGCUGUCACCAAAUCCCAAUUAUUAUGGUGAUCUUCACAACAUGGGACAUACAAUAAUCUCCUAUGUCCACGAUCCUGAUCAUCGUCAUUUGGAAAGCUUUGGUGUUAUUGGAGACUCAGCAACAGCUAUGCGUGAUCCAGUCUUUUAUCGUUGGCAUCAAAAUAUUGAUGAUAUGUUUAAUGAAUAUAAAAUCCGUAUGAAUCCAUAUACAGCACAGCAGUUGACUUAUCCUAGCAUUCGAGUCACUGCAGUUGGCAUUCAACUUGAUAAUGGACGUACUAAUCAGUUCCAUACAUUCUGGCAGCAGUCAGAUAUCAAUAUGACCAAGGGGAUGGACUUCAUGCCACGUGGUGAUGUCUUUGCUAGAUUCACUCAUUUGCAGCACAUCCCAUUCACUAUUAACGUACAAGCCAACAAUGACUCAAGUGCACCAAAAAUGGGAAUGGUUCGUGUCUUCAUGGCUCCAAAAGUUGAUGACCGUGGACAGCAAAUGUCAUUCCGUGAUCAACGUCGCUAUAUGAUUGAGAUGGACAAAUUUGUUGCAAACUUGCGUCCUGGACAGAACACAUUGAGACGUAGAUCAGCUGAAUCUACUGUCACAAUUCCCUUCGAAAGAACAUUCAGGAAUUUGGACAAUCGACAAGAUUCAUCAUUCAACUUCUGCGGCUGUGGCUGGCCAAAUCACAUGUUGAUUCCUAAAGGAACAGAUCAAGGCUAUCGUAUGGAAUUCUUCGUGAUGAUCUCGAACUAUGAAGAAGAUCGCGUCAAUCAAGAUCUAGGUGGAGCUUGUAGCGAUGCAGCAUCAUUCUGUGGCAUUCGGGAUCGAUUGUAUCCUGAUAGACGUCCUAUGGGCUAUCCAUUUGAUCGUUUGGGUCGUCAAGGUGCUGAUACACUUGCUUCAUUUAUGACACCGAAUAUGAAGGUUCAAGAGGUUACAAUUAUUCAUAAUGAUCGAGUCUCAGGUCCAACAGGACAGUAAGCAUUGGAAUUGAAAUUAUAAAAUUCAUGAUUUUUGUAGCAAUUUCCUAAUAAAUCACUGAAUAAAUAGUACCAAAUACAUAGCACA